UAGAAGAGAAUGGCACUUUCUGUUUCCUCAUUUGCUUCGUCUUCCUGCCGUAAUUUUCCUGCUACCAAUACCAUGGCAGCGGUGGGUUUGCGCUCUGACUUACCCAAAAUCCACACACCUAUUUCUCUAUGCAAAACUUACCCCACCUUCAGAGUCAGUUUUCUCCCUGUCAGAGUCACAAGAAAACCUCCAAGGAAAUCACUUCAAGUGAGAUCAGUGGCUGCUCCUUCAGAAGCUGUUGCUGGGUUUGAUGAGAUGGUUUCUGGGACCGCACGGAAGUAUUACAUGCUAGGUGGGAAGGGUGGUGUUGGAAAAACAAGUUGUGCUGCAUCACUUGCCGUAAAAUUUGCGAACAAUGGGCACCCCACACUAGUGGUUUCAACUGAUCCAGCACAUUCUCUGAGUGAUUCUUUUGCCCAGGAUUUGACUGGGGGGAUGUUGGUACCAGUUGAAGGACCUGAUUCACCAUUGUUUGCUCUUGAGAUAAACCCUGAAAAAGCUCAGGAAGAAUUCCGCAAUGCAAGUCAGAAAAAUGGGGGAACCGGUGUCAAAGAUUUCAUGGAUGGCAUGGGCCUUGGGAUGCUUGUUGAACAGUUAGGAGAGUUAAAACUAGGAGAGCUAUUGGACACACCUCCUCCUGGUCUGGAUGAAGCUAUUGCAAUUUCCAAGGUUAUGCAAUUUCUUGAGUCACAAGAAUAUAGUAUAUUUACUCGAAUCAUUUUUGAUACUGCACCCACGGGUCAUACACUGCGGCUUUUGUCCUUACCAGAUUUCUUGGAUGCAUCUAUUGGCAAGAUAUUGAAGCUUAAGCAGAAGUUAGCUUCAGCUACUUCAGCCAUCAAAUCUGUUUUUGGACAAGAAGAAACCCGGCAGGAUGCUGCUGACAAAUUAGAGCGACUAAGGGAGAGAAUGGUAAAAGUGCGGGAGCUUUUCCGUGACACAGACUCAACAGAAUUUGUCAUAGUAACAAUCCCUACGGUGAUGGCGAUUAGUGAGUCAUCAAGGUUACAUGCUUCCUUGAAGAGGGAAAAUGUUCCUGUCAAGAGGCUAAUAGUCAAUCAGGUUCUUCCCCCAUCUACCUCAGACUGCAAAUUUUGUGCGAUGAAGAGGAAGGAUCAGAUGCGUGCUCUUGACAUGAUCAAGGAUGAUCCAGAACUCUCCAACUUGACACUAAUCCAGGCACCCCUAGUUGAUGUGGAGAUCAGAGGUGUUCCAGCACUUCAAUUUAUGGGGGACAUAGUUUGGAAAUGAAGAUCUGCUUACUGACAUUUAUGAUUGGUAUACCAGGUAUUAAAUACUGUCUUUGGCUAAUUCUUGCAUGCAAGCAUAGCAGUCACAAGCCAGAUUGUAUUCACAGAGUUUUAAUUACACAACGAGCGGCAUGGGAAUCUUCACAAGUGGUAAAGCAUGCAGAAGAUCAAGUAUACUUAUGGUUGUUGCUUGGAAAAAUGUUCUACUCACAGUGAAAGCUUUGGGACUGUUUCAUCUUAUGGUUAGUUUGAUGAAUGGAAAAUCCCAGAUGCCGAGAACCAUUUUCUUACUGUCACUGAUCACUGAUCACUGCCUGUAAUUCAUUAACUUUUCCUUAAGAUAGAUUUUAUCAUGUCAAGUUGAGAUAUGAACUCUCAAGCAAAUAUAUGUGGCCUUAGGCUGUCAAAUAUAUACAACACUUGUGUUACAUUUUGCUUCA